AUGCUUUUGCAAGUCACGCUCCCUUUAACAUUUCUCCUUUUAUUUUUGUGGUAUCAAUGGAGAAAAAGACAUUUUCAAGUAUUUCUGAAAUUAGGAAUUCCUGGACCUCAACCUAACGUAAUUUUUGGCAAUUUUUUGGAAGUUUUCAGAAAUGGAUUUAUAGAAACUCAUAAAAAAUGGAUUAAAAAAUACGGCAAAGUCGUUGGAUAUUACAUUGGGCUAAAGCCCGUUCUGCUAGUUACCGAUACAGACUUAUUGAAGAAUAUACAGAUAAAAGAAUUUCACAAAUUUCCGAACAGACCAUUGCUUUACGGAGAAAGAGUGAAUACAAAUGAUAAAAGACGGAUAAAUUUAUUAUUUUUAAAAGGAACAGAAUGGAAAGAAAUGAGAAGCCUAGUCACUCCUUCGUUUACUACAAGCAAAAUGAAAAUGAUGUCUCCUAUUAUGAAUGAUUCUAUCGAUACACUGCUUGAAAAUUUAAAUGAAAAAUGCCAAUCCGGAGAGACUUUUGAUGUUUAUACCCUAUUUAAACGUCUAACAAUAGAUGUGAUUGGACGGACGGCUUUUGGAAUACAGACAAAUGUACAGAAAAAUCCUGACGAUCCCCUACUAAGAUUAGCACAUUUAAUGUUUAAUUUCCCAUUUCAAUUUAUUUCUGCAUUAAUUUCGUCCGCUUUCAACCAUCUUUCUCAUGUGAUGCGCCUAUUUAGACUUUUUGGUGGAUUUCGAGCAAAUAAAGGGAGACACCCCGUAGAAGAACUAUUUGACAGAUGCAAAGUUAUUAUCGAGACAAGAAGAGAAAAUCCUUCGCAAAAAAAAGUCGAUCUUUUACAACAGUUAAUUGAUGCUGAAGUGAAAGAAAAUACUAAAGUAGAUGAUGAAUCCUUGAUUGCUGGUGAUACAGAAAAAGAAAAUAUGUUAAGAGAGAGAAUUGAAAGCAAUGAAGGCAAGAAAUCAAGACAUCUGACCACCGACGAAUUAAUUUCAAAUGCAUUCCUUUUUCUACUUGCAGGAUACGAAACUACAAGUACAGCCCUUGCUUUCUGCACCAUGAUGCUAGUUAACUAUCCGGAAGUGCAAGAGAAUAUUAGAAGAGAAGUAAAUGAAUUGCUCGAGAGAGAGGGAUGUCUUAAUUAUGAUUCUGUACACAAAUUACAGUAUUUAGAUGCCGUUUUUUCUGAGAUAUUACGUUUAUACCCUCCAAUAUAUCUAUUUGUAAACCGAGAGACCGUGGAAGACGCCCAAUAUGGCAGCUACAAAAUUCCUAAAGGUAUGGCGAUUCAGGUUCCUGUUUAUCUGUUACAUCGAGAUGAAGAUUAUUGGCCUGACGCAGAGAAAUUUAUUCCCGAAAGAUUCUUUCCGGAAAAUCGUAAUAAGAACAAUCCAAUGGCUUGGCAACCGUUUGGAUCUGGUCCAAGAAACUGCGUUGGAAUGAGAUUUGCUCAGAUGGAAGCUAAAAUGGCAAUAGCCAAAAUAUUAAAAAAAUUUUAUUUAAAACCUUGCAAAAAUACUGAUAAGCAUCCUCUCAAGCUUCAGGUUGGUCUUUCGAUAAUUCGCCCGAAAUAUGGAGUUCCAAUUAAAGUAGAAUAUGUAUAAUAUCUCAAGCAUUUUUUUUUGACGAAACGAAAGUUAAUAAAUGUCGUUUGCAAGAAUAAUUUUGACAGCAUUAAGUUACCUUUUUA